GCCUCGCAAGUCGAUAAACAAGCCCUCGUCUCUCUCGAUCGCAACUCCAUUAGUUUAUCCCAGGUAUAUCUCAAUUCCAUCUCUCAAUCAUUAAAAAACGCAAUUUCUGGUUCCUUUUGAUUAGGUUAUGAUAUUAAUCUUGUACAGAAUCGGAUAGUGAAGGCUGCAAUGAUGCAGAAGCAAAUGGCUGAUUUAGAGGAGGAGCUGAAGAACACGAAGGCGAGGUUAGAUGCAGCCGAACGUGAGAGAAACCGAACUUUGGCUGAGCUUAAGGAGACCAAAGAGCGGGGUUUGUCGCCCGAGAAGGCCGAACGAGUCUUUUCGGAGCUUAAGAGUCUCAAGGAUGAGCUGUCGAGGUCACGGAAAGAGAUGGAGGUUAGAGAUAAGGAGAUAGCUUCGUUGUUGGAAAGCAAGAAAAAGAUUCGGGAAUUGGAAGAGAAGUUGAAGAAAGCGGAGGAAUCGGAGUCGCAUAUGUUGGAAUCGUUCAUGCUCCAAACGAGACAGAUCACGGAGACGAAGAUGGAUUUGGAAGAGUCGAAGCUCGAAAUCGCUGCUCUCCAAGAGAAACUAGCGAAUGUCGAGAAGAAUAAGGGGUUGAGGAACGAAUCAAUGGUAGAUCGAAAGGGUAAUUUUGAAGGGGAGACCAAAGCUUUAAAAGACGAAAUCAGAAGGCUGAAAAGCGAAGUGAAAUUGGCAACUGAAGCCGAGGAGAACAGCAAAAUGGCGAUGGAUGGUUUGGCAUCGGCAUUGAGGGAAGUGGCGUUGGAAGCCAGUACGGCGAACGAAAAGCUAAAAUCAACCGAAGCCGAACUAGCACAAUUGAAGGAGAUGCUAAAAACCCAAGAAGACAAGUAUAAACAGCGGAUCGAUGAGCUCGAGAGAGAACUCGAGUUACAGAAGGAGACAGUCGACCAAUUGAGAGUAGAGGCGGAAGAAGCACAUCUGGCAUGGAACGGAAAAGAGAUGGGGUUCAUAAGCUGUAUACGAAGGGCCGACGAAGAAUGCGCGUUGGCUAAACACGAGAACAAUAGACUGAAGGAAGCAAUCGUAGCAGCCGAGAACUCCGCAAUGACAGCAAAAGAAGAAGCGUUUAAGUUACGAGACAUACUCAAACAAGCCAUCAGCGAGUCAAAUGUUGCUAAAGAAGCCGCCAACAUGGCUAGAUCAGAGAAUUCCGAACUCAAAGACUUGCUAGCGGAAAAAGAAGACGCGUUGCAUUUCCUCACAAAGGAAAACGAACGGUUAAGGAUCAACGAAGUUGCAGCUCGGGAAAACGUCAAGGAGUUCAAACGAUUGCUAGCUGCAAAAGCUGAAGUGAUUAGUAAACCACCGUGUGACGAUAAAGAUCAAGCGGAUGUCUUCAACUCGCCACUUUCUUCGCUUUACGAAGAUCAUCUAGAUGGAAGAACUACACCACAACAAACUUUCAGUUUCGAUUUGGACGAUUUGAAAAUGUACAACAAAGAAGACGAAGAGAGAGAACCUGAACUACUAGAAGAAGAGGACAGUGUGUCUGAUAUCCUUGUAGACGAUGAUGAUCCAGAGAAAGCGGAAGCGCUUAAAGGGUCCAUCUUCGAUACUGCAGCAUCACCAAAGUCGGAACCGCAAACGCCAAGACCGAAAUACGAACACCGGAGAGCUUUGUCGAUUUACAAUGAUUCAGCCGGGACCGCAGCUCGGGCUGAAGAAGGGGAAAACGCACAUAAUGAAAGUAGCAGCCAUACAGAAGAGACGGAAGACAAGAGUUACUACAGCUACUACGCAAACUACACCAACAUCAGCAAAAAGAAACUGUUUCGGAAGAUCGGAGACAUUAUGAGCUUAAAAAUUAUUACGACUAGUAAAAAAGACGUACCGACGGAGCCGACUAAAGAACCGGCCAAAGAACCGGCUAAAGAACCGGCCAAAGAACCGGCCAAAGAGCAGGCUAAUUGAUUGUUUUAUUCCUUGGAUUUGCAGAUAUGAUUACACUUUUGGUCAAAUAAUUCUUAUAGUAGCUUUGUAUGUCUCUCAUCUUGCUUAUUGCCUUC